UAUUACACUGUCAAACGUCAAAUUUUUCCACCAGUUUCAAAAAUUUACCAAAGUAAAUUCCCUAUUGUUUUACAUAACCUGCAAAACAAACUUGUCGAGAUUCUUUCAGCAUGGGGAAGGCAUCUGAUACAGCGGGCGUAAAGCCGAUGUCGAUUGCUGGGCGUUAUGUCCGCGAACGUGAACGCUUGCUGGGCAUGACAGAUGCUGAAAGAGCCUUUCGAGCCCAAUGGUUAAAAGAUCAGGUGCUCACCCAUCGUGAACCUGUUAAUGUGCCGGAGAUGUAUAAUUUCCAGUACAACCCCAUUAGGCGUUUCUAUCGUGCCCCUCUGGAAGCUCUGCAAAGAAUGCUCACUCCAUCUCUUGGCUUCGAGAGAGCACGCAAUAUUCGGUAUUUUACUGGUAAAGCCCUGAUUGGUAUUGGGCUGACCUACUGGUUUACUUAUUAUUUGAAAUAUAAUCAAAAUGACUGGACUAGACUUGGUGGAAUCUAUGUAAAUGAGUCAAGAGAAGCUGUGCUUCCUGGAGAUCCAGGUUAUCCAUUUGUUUCUAAAAAGCAUGAAGGUAGAGAUUAUGCUGACAGGGAUUUUAGUGCAUAUGCCCAAAUGAAGUUAUAAACUGUAAAAAUUGUAUUUGUAGUGCUAAUAAAUAAUUAUGUUAAAAA